AAGUCAAAGCAUUAUUAAAGAUGUAAUGGAACUGCUUUUGAGGGAGAAAAGCUUUGCCUGCACUCUUUCGUUGCCGAGAAGCUUCAAUUUAGACAUCUCUUCCAUGUUCUUAGCGGCAUAAUCCCAUUUUCUCUUUCGUCUAUCUUUUUCCCCACGAAAUUUUCCCCUACUCUCUCAAUUUCUCCCUGCAAAAAGCAGCUUCUGCAUCGUCAUAACUUCUUUGUGUCACUGUCUCGGAUUUGAAUUUGGUCGGUGCACCGGACCGGACUCUUCCCGGUUUAUCGUUUUCUUUCACUCAUUUCUGAAAUUAAGACCUGUGUGUGCUUCCAGUGUCAUAAUUUGCCUGGUUGAAGCUUCAUUGGGAGCUGGUGGGUGCGUCAAUGAGCGGAGGGUUAUCUUUUCUUUGCUGCGACUUUGAUUGUGGGUUUUUGAGUUUUGAGGUUAUAUUUUCUGGGAACUGGGGCUGGUUGUUGUAAGCAUCUGUUUACUCAAUGGGAAUGAGGGUUAAAAGGUGAGAGGACAAAAGUAGAAAGAGAGUUCUGGCAUUGUUCUACCAUGAGUUCAUGUUCCUGAUCCUUUUUAUGCCGGGAAGUUUUACAUUUUAAAUCCACAGGGUCAUAAGUAAACUCUCUUCUGUUCUAAUUUCUUUCCAAUUUUCUCGUGUGAAAGAUUUUAUAUCAUUUUUGGCUCUGUAUUGGACCUCCAUACUCUUUCUUGAGUCCAUCGGGUUUAGAUUGUUAAAUUUCAGAAAUCAGAUCCUAUUCAUCUGCAGAGGGUGCUUUCUGUUCUCGAUUUCUUUCUUUCUUUCUUUAUUUGCUUGUUCCCCACUUUGUCUGCCAUCUUCACCAUGAUGGAGGAACAUCAAUCUACCAUCUCUACCUAUGAAGGAGAGCAACAUGUGAUAGCUGCGGCUCAGCACAUUUUAAAGGCAUUAGCAGCAAGUAAGAACGUCAAUGAUGGCCUAAGAAAAACUCUCUUAGAUCUUGAGACCCAUUUGUCUUCAAUGUCCAGCAGAGUUACGGAAAGAAAUGGAAUGGGUAUCAGGGAAUUUGAGAGGCGUCUUGAAUGUGCUGAAGACAAGGUAAUGAGUUGGGAGGCAAAUAAUUUAAUGAUAUGGGAUUCUGGUCCUAUGGAAUCUUCCGAGUAUUUGAAUGCUGUUGGUGAAAUCCAAUCUCUGACUCGAAGUUUGCAGAGCCUGUCUGUGAAUGAAAAUGGGAAGCAAAAGGAACUCGUUCAGCGAGCUGAUGGAGUUCUGCAGAUUGCUAUGUCAAGGCUUGAGGAAGAGUUAGUCCACAUUCUUGUUCAGCACAAGCAAUUUUUUGAGCCUGAAUACAUGUCUUUCCAUUCAAAUAGAGUUGAUAUAGGGUUUGAUGAAUCGUUUGGUUCAGCUGAGGAUGACCCAAUUGAGGAAGUAUUGCGGAGCGAUGGUGGUUUUAGCCAAUCUGAGGCUUGCGCUAUAGAUUUGGUGCGUCCAGAUGUAAUUGCGGAUCUCAAAGUCAUAGCGGAUGUCAUGUUUGCUUCAAAAUACCAUCUGGAAUUCUGCCAGGCUUUCAUUACUUCCAGGAGGCAUGCGUUGGAUGAGUACUUUGUUAUUCUAGGAAUGGAAAAGUUGAGCAUUGAGAAUGUGCUGAGAAUGGAAUGGAGUUGCUUGAACUCUGUGAUGAAGAGAUGGAUUUGGGUUAUGAAGAUCAUUGUCAAGGUAUAUCUUGCUAGUGAAAAACGUUUGUGUAAGCAGAUUCUGGGACAAUUUGGAUCUGUUUAUGAGUCUUGUUUUUGUGAAAUAUCAAGGAAUUUUAUGCUGCCCCUUUUGAAUUUUGGUGAGGCUAUUGCAAUGGGAACCCGUACCCCUGAGAGAUUGUUCCGCUUACUCGAGAUGUAUGAGGUUCUGGAGAAUCUUGCUGUUGAUGUAGAUAUCUUGUUCUUUGAAGAAGCUGGUCUUUUCGUUAGAAAUGAGUUUCAAAAGCUGUUAAGGAGCGUUGGCCACACUGCAAGGUCAACAUUUCUGGCAUUUGAAAGUGCCAUUGCAACUAAUACAUCAACAAAAGGGUUCCCUGGAGGGGGAAUUCACCAUCUUACCAAGUACGUCAUGAAUUACUUGAAGACAAUCACUGGAUAUCAGGAUACUCUUGGUCUGCUUCUUGCAGAUGUAAGCUCAGUAGCUCCACCAGAUACUAAACAUGACGGCACUUCAGGCCUUACAACUUGUCCAAUGGCUUGCCACUUCAGGUCAAUAACAACCGCAUUAGAAUCCAACUUGAGUAACAGGUCCAAAUUAUACAAAGAUGUGUCCUUACAACAUAUUUUCAUGAUGAAUAACCUGCACUACAUGGUCCAAAAGGUUAAGGGCUCUGAACUAAGACAUUUCUUUGGAGAGGAAUGGCUUCGCCAACACACUGGGAAGUUUCGUCAUGAAGCCAUAAGCUAUGAGAGGGCCAUUUGGAGUUCAAUCCUUUCCAUGCUUAAGGAAGACAGCGGGCCACGUUGUGCUUUAAGUUUAAAGGCAACCUCAAAGAAAAGAUGCGCUGACUUCAACACUGCCUUUGAGGAAGUGUAUAGAACCCAGACAGGGUGGUAUAUAUCAGAUCCUCAACUUCGGGAAGAUCUACAGAUUUCAAUUUCUCAGAAACUGGUUCAUGCUUACUGGACUUUUAUUGGGAAAAUCUCAUCCAGCAUUGGUGAGAAGUGGAUCAAGUACACAGUAGAUGAUCUGGGAAAGUUGAUUUUGGAUCUUUUUCAAGGUUCUUCAAAAUCUUUGUCGAACCAUCAAAGUCGAAAGUGAAGGGUUUGAGUUUUAAGUGUGUCACCUCAAAGAUUACUUGUCAGGCUUUCUUUCUCGGUGUAAUCUAUGCAAUUUUCUUGUCAUUAGCAAAUGACUAAUUUAGCAUCUUGAAGUCCUGAUCUGAUCAUCACACGAAUGAAAUGGCUUUUUGUAUUGUUUGUAAA